AUGGUGUACUGCGGCAAACCCUCAAAGGGCUGCUCGUCCUGUCGCGAGCGCAAGGUCCGCUGCGACCAAAAGGAGCCAACAUGCGGCCAGUGCGAGCGUCGCCAGCAGACGUGCCCCGGCUAUCGCAACAUUGUCGACCUCAUGUUCCGCGAUGAGAGCAACCAUGUCAUCAAAAAGGCCACCAGGACUAACCGUCGCGGCGGCAUCAAGAAGAUGGAGGCAGCAGCAGCAGCGCCCAAGCCGUCGGCGUCAUCAAUACGAGCCUUCUCGUCAUCGUCAAUAUCGUCCGUCACGACACAUAAUGUCAAAAGGGCGUCCAUAGCCUCGUCUUCAGCCUCAUCAUCAUCUACACACUACGCAGAAACAGAUGGCGUCGCCGAGCCGCCCGUCAAGCUCGAGGAGCCCACGACUCUCACACUACCACCAUUGCCACCCCCGAAUCCGGGCCCCGUCAAGGCCACGUCCUUCCUCGCCAUGCUCACCCCAUCCUCCGGCCCUCCCAGCUCCUCCUCAGCCGGCGCCGACUCGUCGGACGACUCGGAGGCGACCAUCGACAUACCCGCCUCGGCCCUCACCCGCCUCGCCCCCGGCUACCCCCUCACCAAGUCGCUCCAGGAGCGCGGGACGGCCUUCUUCUUCUCGCGCUACGUCGCCGUCGACUUUGGCUGCUACCAGAACUACGACUUUGUGUACGACGUCUGGAAGCCCCCCAACUCGGACCUGCACCGGGUCGACUGCGUCACCGCCAGCAUGGCCGCCGUCGGCCUCGCUGGCCUGUCCAAGGUCACCCGCUGCGGCAACACCAUGAUCAAGGCCCGCCAGAGCUACGGCACCGCCCUGCAGCUGACCAACAACGCCCUGCGCGACCCGGAGACCGCCGUCAAGGACAGCACCAUGCUCUCCGUCCUCAUCCUCGGCACCUUUGAGUUCAUCACCGGCCGCACCCCCCAGACCAUGCGCGCCUGGCAGGACCACGUCAACGGCGCCGCCGCCCUCACCCGCGCCCGCGGCACGCUGCCCUUCACCACCAAGGCCGGCCUCCGCAUGUUCCUCAUGCUCUGCCACUCGGUCCUCAUCAGCUGCAUCCAGGGGGGGCUCCCCAUGCCCGCUGCCAUGCUCGACCUGCGCCGCGAGCUGGGCCAGUACACCAACACGCGCGACCCGACCUGGCGCAUCGUCGAGCCCAUCUGCCGCGCCCUGCAGAUCCGCUACGACAUCAAGAAAGGCACCCUCGCCAACACGGACGAGAUUGUCGCCCGCCUCGGCGACGUCGAGGCCGAGUUCCAGGACAUUGUCCGCGAGAUGCCCCGGUCCUGGCGCUACCGCUGCGCCCAGGUCAACCGGCCCAACUCGGCCAUCCUCGGCAGCUGGUGCCACAUCUACCCGGGUUUCGCCCAGGCCACCACCUGGAACGGCAUGCGCACCAUGCGCAUCCUCGUCCAGGAGACCAUCCUCGAGCAGCUCUGCUCCAGCAUGGCCCGCACCUCUGUCCCGCCCAUGCGCCACCAGGUCAUGCUCGUCAAGGCCAUGCGCAUGCUCGAGCUGCUCGGCGAGGCCGUCAUCGCCAGCACGCCCCAGCACUUUGGCAUCGUCAGCGCCCGCGACGCCAAGCCCGACGUCGACGGCCAGAGCAAGGGCACGCUCGAGUUUGUGUCCGCCACCCGGCCCCCGCACCCCAUCCCCUCGGCGUGCCCCAUCCCCUCGCCCCGUCGUCCCGCGCGGAACCGGACGCCUGAGUCGCCCGUCACCUCGCCGCGCGCCACCCUGCUCGACCCGACACAGUCCGACGACGGCCGCGGGGAUCCCGAGCGCUUCAUGACCCUCGCUUCGGCGAGCAACACCAUCGUCUGGCCGCUCUACACCCUCGGCAUGUCCAGCUCGUGCACCCGCGAGACGAGGCAGUACAUUAUCGACAGGCUCCACGCCAUCUGGACCGAGACCGGCCUCGACCAGGCGCGCAUGGUCAAGCAGCUGCUGCUCGACAAGGUUGAGACCGUGCCCUGGGAGGGCAUCCCCAUGCUCAGCCUGCCCGAGAUCUCCGACGAGUGUCUGCCGCUCACCGUGUGA